AUGUCACUACAGCGAUCACGACCAAUGGAUACUUUACAAAGAAUAAUGUCGUCGUUCAAGCACUUUGAGAAGAAACUGGAUAAACUUCAGGACGACGUAAAUUUUCAUGGUCACACCUUAACAGAACUUCGAGUUAUGGUUGCUAAUCUUUCUGGGGGUAUCCUAAAUGCUGAAACUAAACAAGAGAAUACUAAACAUUCCGCGAACAAAACAACUGCUGUGCAACCAGACGACCCAAUUAACAGUAACGGGGUGAUGAAUACUAAAAGAAAAAACACCAUACAACCGUUUAUUUCUAAAAUCCAGACAAAAAGUUACCAAGGAUCAAAAUAUGUAUCGAAGAAUAAUGCUAAGGAGGUCCCAUUUAUUAAUAAGUUGCCAUCCAGUCCUAAAACCGGUAUGGGGGGUAAACGAGCGUCCAGACAGAGAAAAGGGGAAGCCCCACGUAAGGCCACUACGUUAAGAAGUCAAAAAGAAGUAGCUAAGAAGCGCAGCAAAAUGCCUCAAAGCAUUUUUGCUUAA